UUCGUGCGUUACACCGUGGCGUGUACACGGGACACCACGAGUAACGCGAUUCAACCGUUAUCCACCGCGAUUAUCCACGACGGUUUUUUCUCGCGAUCCCAUCGCGAAACCGCAAGGAAAUCGUGAUCGGUUCGCGAAUCUCUCGCGAAUCGUGGUACAGUGUACUCUCCUUCUUUCUCUCUCUCUCUUCCUCUCUCUGAUGGUGACCUGACGGCGAUGGAUAAAUGCGCCGCCCGUCUGGACUCGUAAGCCGCCACUGAACCCGAGAACGAGAGUACUCGACGCGCGAAACGAAAUUUGGAGACAGCCGAUACCGGGGGUGGCUUGAGCAAGCCUGGCGCGGAACCGGAAGUCUUCAAACACGACCGGAAAUUGCUCGGGAACAUGGAGCGUGGAUUGCACGAACGCGACCGAGUCGGCGUUCAAGACUUUGUUCUGCUGGAAGACUUUCGCAGCGAGUCCGCCUUCAUCGACAAUCUACGGAAACGAUUCAAGGAGGAUCUCAUUUACACGUACAUCGGUCAAGUGCUCGUCUCGGUAAAUCCGUACAAAAAACUGUCUAUCUACACUCCGGAAACCAUCCAGUACUAUCACAGAAGGAACUUCUUCGAGGCGCCUCCUCACAUUUUUGCUCUGGCGGACACCGCUUAUCAAUCCUUGACGAAGGAGAAUCGCGAUCAAUGUAUCUUGAUUUCAGGCGAAUCGGGAUCUGGGAAGACGGAAGCAUCCAAAAAGGUCUUGGAGUUUAUAGCGGCAGCCACCGGGCAUAAGAAACAGGUCGAAGAGGUGAACGAAAAAUUGAUCGGCAGCAAUCCCGUGCUGGAGGCAUUCGGUAACGCGAAGACCAAUCGCAAUGACAACUCAUCCCGCUUCGGCAAAUAUAUGGACGUACAAUUCAAUUUUCAGGGAGACCCAGUUGGCGGUAAUAUCUUAAACUAUUUGCUAGAGAAAUCCCGAGUUGUACAUCAGUCAGUCGGCGAGCGUAAUUUUCAUAUCUUCUAUCAGCUUUUGGCAGGCGCGGACGACGACACGUUGCGAAAGCUGUUCCUGAAAAGAAACCUCGACACUUUCUUCUAUCUGAGCAACGGUACGAAAGGUACGGUGGAUACCAUCGACGACGCCAAUCAGUACAGAGAGGUCAUCCGAGCGAUGAAGACCAUGGAAAUGUCCCAGCAGGAACAAAAUGACCUGUUCGCCAUAGUCGCGUCCGUGCUGCACAUGGGUAACGUGGGUUUCACGGAGGAGGAGGGCGUGGCAAAGAUCCUGAAACCGGCGUCCGUCGAUGCCGUAGCUGCGCUGCUAGGAUGCGACGUGAAGCGACUGGCAAAGGCGUUCACUCACCGUACCAUAGACGCUCACGGUGACGUGGUGGUUUCACCACUGAAUAGAGAAUUAGCUAUUUACGCGAGGGACGCGCUAGCGAAGGCUGUGUACGACAGAUUAUUCACCUGGCUCGUGACUAGACUCAACAAAUCUCUGCAACCUCAGACUGAUCCCCGGCGCAAAAUGGUCAUGGGCAUUUUGGACAUUUACGGUUUUGAAAUCUUCCAGAAGAACAGCUUCGAGCAGUUCUGCAUCAAUUUUUGCAACGAGAAAUUGCAGCAGCUGUUCAUCCAGCUGACACUAAAGUCGGAGCAGGAGGAGUACUUGCGCGAAGGAAUAGCUUGGGAGAACGUAGAGUAUUUCAACAAUAAGAUUAUCUGUGACUUAAUCGAGGAGAAGUAUAAAGGUAUGAUAUCAUUGAUGGACGAAGAAUGCUUGCGGCCUGGCGAACCGACAGACAUGAGUUUCUUGGAGAAAUUGAACGUGAAUCUAAGCAACCAUCCCCACUACAUCAGUCAUCAGAAGGCAGACUUACAAACACAGAAAAUUAUGGGUCGAGAUGAAUUCAGAUUGGUACAUUACGCCGGCGACGUGACGUAUAACGUACGCGGAUUUCUCGAGAAGAAUAAUGAUCUAUUAUUCCGGGAUUUGCGUGAAGUUAUGUCGCACACGACAAACUCCAUCACAAAGAAUGUAUUCGACGUGAAAGAUUUAACGAGUAAAAAACGUCCGGAAACUGCUAUAACUCAAUUCAAGAAUAGCUUGAAUAAUCUGGUCGAAAUCCUCAUGGGCAAGGAACCAUCUUACAUUCGCUGCAUCAAGCCCAACGACUUUAAAAUGGCCAAUCAAUUCAACGAAAAGAUCGUGUUGCAUCAAGUGAAGUACUUGGGCCUGAUGGAGAAUCUACGAGUGAGGCGCGCCGGUUUCGCAUAUCGAAGACCAUACGAGCAAUUCUUGCAGCGUUACAAGAGCCUUUGCUCUGAAACCUGGCCAAAUUAUCACGGCCCGGCGAAGGAGGGCGUUCAAAUGCUCGUAUGUUAUCUCGGCUACGAGCGCGACGAAUACAGGAUGGGCAAUACAAAGUUAUUUAUUCGAUUGCCGAAGACGUUAUUUUACACGGAAGAUGCGUUCCAAGUGAAGAAACACGAAAUAGCCGCCAUUAUCCAAAGCAAGUGGAAGGGUAUAUUAAUGAGAAGAAAAUAUUUGGAGAUGCGAGCAGCGGCGAUUGUCUUCCAACAGUACAUUCGUAGAUGGAUUGCGAAACGCGAAGCGAAGAAGCGUCGAAAGGCGGUUGUUACUAUCCGCAGAUUCAUUCAAGGCUUCAUCACUCGGAACGGACCGCCUACUGAGAUUAAUGUGGCAUUUAUCGAACUGGCGAAAUCGCAAUGGCUCAUUAGACUCUCCAAGACAUUGCCACCACGUGUCUUAAAUAACUACUGGCCACCAUGUCCAUACGCUUGCCGAGAGGCAUCAGAGCAUUUGCGUGUAAUGCACAAGCGAUGGAAAGCCCGUUGUUACCGAAUGGCAUUGAAAAAGGAAGAUAAGGAGCACUUUGAGUUGAAGAUUCUUGCCGAGUCCUUAUUUAAAGGCAAGAAAAAAUCCUACGCGAAGAGUCUAGGUCCAAGAUUCCGAAUCGAUCGUCUCGGUCAGGAACACAAAGCGCUGCGACAGAGCUUUAUCAAUAAUAUCCUGCCUUCCGGAGAAAAUAUAAAGUACGCAACUCCCGUCAUCAAGUACGAUCGGCACGGUUACAAGCCGCGCGAGCGAGUGCUCAUUUUAACGGAGAAUGCCGUGUACAUUCUCGACACGCUCAAGACUUUCAAGCUUAAGCAUCGCCUACCUUACAAGGCUAUCGAGGAGUUGGUUGUCACUGGAGAGUCCGAUAAUUUACUUAUUGUCAGGAUACCACCUGAAUUGAAAAAGGAUAAGGGCGAUCUCAUCUUGGAAGUUCCGCACAUAAUAGAAGCUUUAACGAAAGCAAUUGAUAUUACUAGUAACCGGAGCAUUCUCAAAAUCGUUAAUACCGAAUCUGUGUCUCACAAGCUAGUCAGUGGUAAAGAAGGAGUCAUCGAAUUUAAAACCGGCAGCACUCCGGCAAUUAGCAAAAAUCGGCAGAGUGGACACUUGCUAGUGGUGGCUUCUCCAUAAAAUAAAUCCCAGAAAGGAGAUCUUUUGAGGAUCGAAAGAACCGCAAGUGCUAUGAUGCCCGGAGCAGCCUUGAUACAAUGUGAUUUAGAGAGUACGCGAGUGUUAAGAAGAGAUAAUAUAUGCGACUUUGAUGCACUAAAUUACUCUGGCAAGUUUGUACUUCAUUACAAACGAAUGACAACAACGACGCGCGCGAUCACUUUUGUUUUCAACGUUAAAAUUGUUUCGAAAGGCACAGUGCCAUAAGGCCGUUUUUGUAUAAUAUUCCUCUGUAAUCUAAGUAAUAAUAUUAAUUGAUAUUUAUUCUGAUCGAAAGGGAAAGAUCCGAUCGAAUUGGUGAGUUUACGUGUGGCGAAUUUGUAAAUGUUGUUUAAAUAUAAGCUAAGCUUCAAAGAUGUCAGCGCGAUAAAUAAAGAGAGGCAAAUCUUUUCUUUUUC